UAGUACAGUUAACAUCAGGCUCGCUCCUCUGCGUACUGACAUACAUAUGCACGUUCAUUGAUGGCUCUGGAUUACAUUUUUCCAGCAAUUUUAGCACUGGAAGCACCUAGCUGUUGCUGAACACUGCAGAGAGAUCCCCGAGCACGGUGGACCAUCACCUUGCCAGGUUUACAGGCUAGCAGCUCACGUCUUAUCUGAGCUUGGAUUCUGCUUAUCCAUUCCCAUGCGUCUGCCUAACAUGUCCAGUAACUUUCUGCUAGCACCUAUCCCGGAGACCGCGGAUUAUAUCACUAUAAGGGACAUAAAAAUGGCUGUAAUGGGGUCCAAUGGAGUUGGAAAAACCGCUAUGACUGUUCGAUUCCUCACAAAAAGAUUUAUUGGAGACUAUGAAACUAAUACUGGAAAUCUGUACUCUAGACUUGUGCAUUUAGAAGGAGAGCAGACUUACUUGCAAAUCCAGGACACACCAGGAUGCAUUAAGGAUGAAGAUGUUUGCCAUGCAGAUAUUUCUAGAUAUGUGCAGUGGGCUGAAGGCUUUCUCCUUGUGUAUUCUGUCACUGACUACAGAAGCUAUCAGUGCAUACGUCCUCUGUAUCAACAUAUCCGGAAAGUGCAUUCAGACUCUAAAAUCCCUGUCGUUAUAGUGGCUAACAAAGGAGAUCUUCUUCAUGUAAGGCAAGUCCCAUCUGACUUAGGGAUACAGCUGGCAAAUGAACUGGGUUGUACUUUUGUGGAAAUAUCGACCAGUGAAAAUUGCCAGGAUGUUUGUGACGUGUUCCAGCAUCUCUGUAGAGAGAUAAACAAAACCAUGGGUAGCGGAGAAAAGAGGAGAGGUUCUAUCAUCCCAAGACCAAAAUCACCCAACAUGCAGGAUCUAAAGAGACGUUUCAAACAGGCUUUAUCUUCUAAAGUAAAAACUUCCUCUACAGUGGCAUAGAGCACAUGACUGGACUUCCUUUUUUAUAGUAUUAAAAUAAUAUAUUUUUCUAUGGACCUUUGAUGUGUAUAUUUGAGUACACAGCAUAAAUCAAUUUAGUGUAUUUAUUUAAAACUUGUUUUUUACAUGCUUUUAGUAUAACUUGGAAUAAAUAAAUAAUUAUUUAAUGGUAACAAAA